UCCCACCUCCCGCUCUGCUCUUCUCUUCUUUAGGCAUGCCGCUGACUGUGGAUGUGGUGGGACCGGCACCUUGGGGCUUCCGCAUUAGCGGAGGCAGAGAUUUCCACACACCCAUCAUCGUGACCAAGGUAACAGAGCGGGGCAAGGCCGAGGCAGCUGAUCUCCGGCCUGGCGACAUCAUUGUGGCCAUCAAUGGAGAGAGAGCAGAGAGCAUGCUACAUGCUGAGGCUCAGAGCAAGAUCCGACAGAGCGCCUCACCCCUACGACUGCAGCUGGACCGGUCACAACCUGCCUCUCCUGGCCAGACCAAUGGGGAUGGCUCAUUGGAAGUGCUGGCAGCUAGGUUCCAGGGCUCCCUGAGGACACACCAUGACAGCCAGUUCUCGAAGCGACCUGCCUAUUUCAGCCAGGCCUCCCUUAGUCCCAGGCCAGGCAGCCCUUUCUCCACACCACCCCCCACCAGUCCACUUGCUGUUUCUGGAGAGGAUGUAAUUGGCUGUAGUUUCCAGAGUUUGACACAUUCACCAGGCCCUGCUGCUACUCACCACUUGUCCUACCCGGGCCACCCCACCAGCCAACAGGCCAGCCACAGCAGCACAAGCAACUUCACAGUGAGGGUGCCGCUACAUUCCCCAGGACCUCGGUCCUCCAGCCCCAGGUUCAGCGGCUUGGACCUGGAAGAAGACUCAGAGGUGUUCAAGAUGCUGCAGGAGAACCGUCAGGGACGAGCCGCCCCGAGGCAGUCCAGCUCCUUUCGGCUCUUGCAGGAAGCCCUGGAGGCUGAGGAAAGAGGUGGCACACCUGCCUUUGUGCCCAGCUCGCUGAGUUCCCAGGCCUCCUUGCCCACCUCCAAGGCCUUGGCCACUCCACCCAAGCUCCAUACCUGUGAGAAGUGCAGUGCCAACAUCUCGAACCAGGCUGUCCGCAUCCAGGAGGGGAGGUACCGACACCCUGGCUGCUACACCUGUGCAGACUGUGGGCUGAACCUGAAGAUGCGUGGUCACUUCUGGGUGGGCAAUGAGUUGUACUGUGAGAAGCAUGCCCGCCAGCGCUACUCAAUGCCUGGCACUCUCAGUUCUCGGGCCUGAGCCUCUAGGUGCUCAGCCUGUCUUUGCUCUCAGCCUCUGCAGACAUGACCAGACUGAGAGCAGACAGGAAAGGAGGUGAUGGCAGGUGAUGGCUCUUAUACCAACUAAGGUUGGGAAGGCCCCUUUGUCCUCGCUGGGUGAAGCCAAGGGUUGGGACUAGUCUCAGACUGCAAGUGCUGGGGACAGUUCCACUCUCUCUGGCCUUUGUCCUGCAGGCCAGGUACUGCACUGCAGUCUGAAGUGGCCACUCUGUUUGCCCACUUAGGGUUGGGCACAGAUAGAAGUAUCUAGAAGGGCAAGGUGUGUCUGAGGUUAAUAAUACUCACACAGUGUAAAGUUUUUGACACAUGAACUCUAUAUACAUGUGGAUAAAAUGAA